GUGGAAUCCAAGUACUCUUGAAGCCACAAUCCUUUAGGAUCUGCAUUCUGGUGAAUACGCAAGACGUGGUCGUGUUGAUGAAAGACCGAUGCUUGGAACCGAUGGACAACGAACACGAGACAAUGUUGUCAACAGGGGCUAACAAACGACAGCAAGGAUAGCAGCAGCAGUGGUUGCGAUGUCGAACUGGAUGUCGAGAGAAGAGCAACCAGACGACUGGCGGGGAGUAGUAAACGGGAUAUAUACGCGAGUGCGUGUUGCCGAGUACGGUAUUCGGUAGUCGACGCGCGACGUUCGAACGGAGCGGGUCGUACUUUCUCGUCCCGUUCCGUCUCAACCUGGCCUGGUAUCAACUAAGUUCAUCAUUUACAUACUACCAAUAACGAAGAACCAGAAGAGGAAAGAGGCGUUCAGAAUCUACUGAGAAUCAUCGAUCAAUCGUAAAUGUUCGAUCGGUCUGUGUUUUAAGAUGACCGCCUCGGCACUGUCUCCUUUACUUUCCUCUCAUUCUCUUCGAUCCUUCUCCACGUUUGGUUCUGUUUCGUCCACGUCAACGUCGUCGUCGUCGUCGUCGUCGUCGUCGUCGCCGUCGUUGUCGUCAUCGUGGUCGUCACCGUGGUCGUUGCCAUCGCGUAGGAAGAAGAAACCAAAUGGGUGGACGAUCUAUCGUGGUCGGUAUUGUCUGAGAUUAUGCGAUUGAAUCGUCGCGUGGCAGAGCAACGAAGUGCAAGGAAGUGAGGAAAAUCGAAUCGGUUCGAAUAGCAGCCGGACUGUCAUAGUAUUUGAGAAUCGUGGAAACCAUCCAAUUACUCAUUUCACGCGUAACAUCGAUUUUCGAGCGAUUCGUUGGUACGCAAGUUUCGGUUGACAUGCUGACUGAUGCGUUCAAUGAUUGACCGAGAGUCAAGCUAAAGGGAACGACAUAAAGGAGGGUAACGAAAGAGACAAAAAACCGAUCGAAGACGAAUAAGGAAGAAGAGUCAGGAGAGCAACAGAAGAAAACAAAAAAAAAAAAAAAAAAGAAAGAUAUAGGAAAUUAAAUAUAGAACCGACGCAGGAGAGGACGAUAGCGACGAGGUGCUUCCUAAGGCGGAGGUACCCCGGUGGAUCGGGUUUAAACUCGUGGAUCAGGAGCCGGCUAUGGGAAAGCUGGCAACGAUUGGUCGACUCGUGACCCGUGACAACGAGGAACAAGAGGCAUCGGUGUGGUUGCUCGAGCGGAACGGCGCCAGUUCCGGUCGCGCUCUCGUCGCGGUCCCUAUUGGCGGGAUCGCAGUUUGUAGCGUGAUAGUGCCGCAAGUUGGAUCGAAAGCACCGACCGGGGUGGCCGGCCGAAACACGUUCACCGGCACUGCUCCGAGUUGCUUCGAGAACAACGCUGGAAAGAGAAGGGAGGAUCGUCGAAGAAUAGUUGGAAUUCAAGAGGCGACCGACGACGAUUUAGAUUUUCGAUACGUCGUCGAGACGGCAAACGGCGGCGACAACGGCGAAGCCGGAAGAGGUAGCACGGUGGUUCGCCUCGAGAGUUCGUCGUUUGGUUCCUCACCGUCGAGUCGAGAAUCUAAAUGGUGGCUGGACGACGUCGUUCGGGAUAACGGAAGAACUGAUAAUAUUGUUCGGGAGUAUUGUUCGAGAAUCUCCAACGAAUGGUGUCGUGUGUCGCGUAAGAAGUCGUUAGAUCGACGAACAAUAGUCGAAGGGAAGAGGUGUGAACGAUGUCGUCGACGUUGGCAUCGACGUCGGUGGCUGACCGGAAACAACGAAUCUUCCCGUCUGUUUGGUAUAACGACGACGAUCGUGGCGAUUGUGGUGGCUGUGGCGGCGGUGGCGCUUUGCGUGCCGGCCGCGUCGGCCGUGCCGAUGCUGCCGCGAGAGAAUCCACUCUCUCGAACCGGUCCUCGACACGACCUCGACCGCUCGACCGGUCUCGAGGACGUCUACGAGGACGCUUUCCGAGAAGAGGAUCGACCAACGACGGGGACCGUUCUCGACGAGACUGAGCUGGAUAUUAUCAGAAGGAGCAUCGCGCGAGGUCUUGGUCUCAAGAGGAUACCAGACCCUUCCAAGGCAAACGUCAGUCAAGCCGAAUACGAAAGAGCACACAGAGAGUACCUGAUGAGAUUGCAAUCGUCACUCGACGAGCAAACUUUUGGAAGCAAGAAGAUGCUACACGUGUUUCCUGCUACAGAAUAUCCUGGAAACGAAUCGAGCCUGCUAGCCGGGACAAACGGAAAGGAAAAAUCUUGUCGUCAUUGGCUGUUCUUCCCCGUCGAGGUUCCCGAGAAGGAUCUGGAUCAAGCGUCGGUGGAUCACGCGACGCUGCGAUUACUACUUCACGGGCCGACGACCGAUCACUACACCGAACGUUCCGAGCUGGAGGUGUUGUUCUAUCUUCGGAUAUCGUCGUUUCGUCGUUCAAGGAAGUUGAUCGGUCGUAGGAAAAUUCAAUUGCACGACUCCCGAAAUCCAAGGUGGCUCGAACUCGACGCGACUCAGGCCGCUUUCUCGUGGAUCGAGACGCCGCUCGAGAAUCUGGGAGUCGAACUGGAAUUUAUGGUCGACAGCGAACCGGUACCGCGCACCUUCUCCUCGCCAGUUCUCAACGUAUUCACCACGACGUAUUCGGGCAAUGGUAGAAUGAAACGUUCUUCACCCAAAGAUGUGAUGUCCUUGCACAAAGGUCGCCGGACAAAAUGCAAAGGUGAGAGUAAGAAGUGUUGCAGACACGAGCUCACCGUCAUGUUUAAAGACUUGAAAGGCUUCGAGUUUAUCGUUUAUCCAAAAACUUUCGACGCUGGAUAUUGUAAAGGACGAUGCCCGCCUAGGUACAAUCCAGCUCAUCAUCACGCCCUUCUGCAAAGUCUGCUGUGGAAGGAAGAUAGGAAAAAAGUGCCUAAGCCAUGUUGCGCGCCGAGUAAACUCGACGAGUUAAUGAUCGUUUACUUCGACGAGAACGAUACUACACAGUUGAAAAACUCGUACUGGAAGAACAUUCAAGUACUCGAGUGCGCUUGUUCCUAAGAAAAGAAAAGAAGAAAUAAAAAGGAAAUACUUUGUUCUUUCUUUCCGAACGGACGAGUCGGCGGAACGAUUGACUGUGUGCGAGCGAAUUGUCAAAUUAGUGUACAUGUGAACGAAUAACAAACGAGUGAAUGGGAGUGAACAGUAAAAUAUACACGUUCGAUCGAAACGACACAAUAAUACGGGCUGCGAUUAAAAACGAUGGUAACAGAAUGUGGAUUUUCAUGGUAAAGGAACAAGGGUUUUCAUAGUCGCAGACGGCUCACCAAAGAAUCGUCCGAAUAUUGUUCGGUUGUGUUACUUUUUCGUCGUUUCUUCGCGACAUACCGAAAACACUUGCUGUUUAUGUAUCACGCGAAAAUUUCUUUUCCCGUUCGACUCCUUGUCCUCUUGGCAUUUGCAAACGUUUCAAUCGACAAAACAGUUGUUCGUGAAACAAACGUGAAAUUUAAUCGUAUCGCUGAUCAACGUUCGAUUUGACUCGACUCGAAGCAUCGUCGAAGGUCCAGGCUCUUGAUCCAGACUUUCGCAUUGACUGUGAUACUAAAAGAUAUCUUUCUGCUUGUAAUAAUCAUAUUUCACACUUUCAUUUUUUUUAUUGCCUUAUUUCCUCCUUUCUAUCUUUUAUGUAGUCUUUCUCUCUGAUUUCUUCUUCUUAGUUUUCUAUUUUAAUACGAAAGAAUCAAUGUAUAGAGACAUUAUCGGAAAGAAAGGAAAACCGCAACAGCAAUAUUUCUAUUUAGUGUUUAUCUUAAAUGGAGUCAACCGGAACAAUUUGACUGCUUGUACUUCACUGUUCGAUUAAAUAUUGAAUGGUAAAAAUUGUUAAUUGUCUGUUUUUUUCUUUACUAAAAUGUUAUCAAACGAGUCUUCAAGAAAUUGUGCUUUUUUUUAUGAAAUAUAAACUUUGUAUCGAGAGUUCAAUCGAAACUUUGUAGCAAGACUAAAAUUUGUGCGCGGCAAAAAUCUCGUGUGCGCUCCUGCAAAUAUGUAUAAUAUUCAUAAACUAUUGACUAUCAGGAGAUUCUUCUAUUUCGCCUCCGACGUAAAUGUAUGAAUGCAUAACCGAAAUUGUAAUGGUCUCAUUGUACUUUGACCAAAAUGCGUUCUUAUGUCAUGUAUAUCGUUUGUUAAAUCAAUUUCGAUCGCGCAUUAUAAUGGGCAUCGUAACCUCGCGUUACAUGUAUUGUCUAAUUGACUACUAUCGAUGUAAAAUAAAAUUUUAUUCCUUAUUUAUAACGAAAUAAUUUAUGAAUGAUCUUUAUUAAACAAAACGAUUCUUAAA